AUGAACGCCCUGGCGGAGCAGGGCGACGCCGUCGGCGCGGAGGCGGUCCUGCGGAGGCUGCAGCCGAGCACACCUCCCGGCAAGCGCCGCAUGCUCUUCAACACGAUGCUGAAGGCCUUCGCGAACGCGGGUCUGCCCGGGCGGGCAGAGCGGCUGUUCGAAGAGAUGCUCGAGAUGCGUGUUGUUCCGAACUUCAGGGCAGAGAGCGAUGGCGUAGACAUGGCAUCCCCGGUGGCCUUUGGCAGCAUGAUGGAUGCGGCCGCCAAGUCGACCAACCGCAAGGCCGCAGAUACGUGGUUCCGCCGAGCUCGAGAACGAGGGGUCGAGCUCUCCCCUCUGAUGGCCAACAGUUUGGUCGCGGCCGCGGGAGACAGCGGCGACCUCCUGGCGGCGCAGCGAUGCUUCGACCAGGCCCUCGAGGCCAGCGUGGGCCGGGCGGCCGGAACCCUCUCCUUCGACGCCAAGGACCUGAACGUGCUGCUGCAGGACGCCGCGGCCCGGGACGAUCUCCAGUGCUCCGAGGCGUGGUGGGCCCACGCGGCCAGGGCUCGCGUGGAGCCGGACAGGAUCGGGUUCGUCACCAUCCUCGGCGCCUGCGCGAAGCAGGGCGAUUUGGGCCGGGCGGAGAGCCUCCUCGCGCAGGCCGGCGACGCCAGGGUCGCCGCCGACGAGAAGAUGUUGUCCGCCGUCAUCAACGCUGCCGCGAAGUGCGGCGACCUGGCCGCGGCCCGGCGGUGGCUCUCGCAGGCCUCGGCGGCCGGCGUCCAGCCGAACGUGGUCUCCAUCAGCCCCCUCGUCGACGCCGCGGGGAAGAUGGGCGACCUGGUGGCAGCCGAGGCUUGGUACGAGGUCGCCCUCGCCUCGGGGAUGGAGCCGAACGCGUUCACGCUCAGCGGCCUCCUGCACGCGGCGGCGAGGAGGAAAGACCUCCCGAGGGCCGAGGCCUGGUUCGAGCGCUUCGCGGGCCAGGCGGGGCCGCUGGACUCCGUGCCCUUCCUGGCCAUGAUCAGCGCGGCGGCGGGGGCCCGCAACCUCUCGGCGGCCGAGGCCUGGUUCGUGCGCGCGAGGGAGCAGGGUGUGAGGCCGAGCGUCGAGAUGUUCAACGGGCUGGCGAACGCCGCGGCCAAGGUAAGGGACCUGGAGGCCGCGCGGCGGAGCCUGGAUCGCUGCCUGGCCGCGGGCGUGGAGCCGAACGCGUACACGUUCGCCACGCUCAUCAGCGCGGCCGCGAGCGCCGACGACCCUGCGGCCGCGGACGGCUUCUUCCGGCAGAUGGCGGCGCGGCGCGCGCGCGUCGGGCCGGACGACAGGGGGCUGGGCUGGCACCUGAGCAAGGCCGUCGGCGCCGAGCGCGCGGCGGAGCUGAUCGCCCGAGCGGGCGGCGGGGCCCGCUGA